AUGCUAAAAUUCUUCACUCAAAUUGUGCUUGUAUUUUUGGCUGUUGCCUUAACAUUAAACAAAUCGAGCAGCACUUUUGCGGUCCCAGUUAAUAAAGCGCGUAAUUUUUUGAACAAUUUUAAACCUGUCCUUUUUGCCAAUGUUCUCGAUGAAAAUACCGCCACAACUGAAGCAGCAACCACGAAUGCAUUAGAAAUUGAAGCAGCUAAUUCAGCACAAACUGCUGCAACUUUCGAUCAUGAAAAUGCGUCAACAUUACUUCUUAAACGUAAUUUUUUGGGUGGCUUUAAACCUGUCGUUUUUAUCGAAUCUCUCGACGAAAAUACCGCCACCACUGAAGCGGCCACUACGAAUGAAUUAGAUAUAGAAGCGGCCAAUGCAGCUCAAACUGCAGCAACUUUCGAUCAUGAAAAUGCGUCUACAGUACUUGUCAACAAACGUAAUUUUUUGGGUGGCUUUAAACCUGUCCUUUUUGCUAACGUUCUCGAUGAAAAUACUGCCACCACUGAAGCAGCCACUACGAAUGCAUUAGACAUUGAAGCAGCAAAUUCAGCACAAACUGCUGCAGAUUUCGAUCAUGAGCAUGCAGAAACAGACUUGUUUCAACUAUAA